CGCCGCCGGAAGUUGCCGCGCAAAUCUCAUCGCCCAGGUCAUGGUGGGAGGGCAGAGAACUGUCAUGGAUCCAUCUCAGCCGGACGCUGCUUCGGACGACGCUAUGGACGAGUUCCUGGAAAAGUUCCGGAGCCAGCCUUACCGUGGAGGCUUCCACGAGGACAAGUGGGAGGAGGAAUUUGAAAAGAUCCCCCUAUUUAUGAAGACAGCGCCAUCAGAAAUUAAUGCGAAGGAGAAUCCUGAUUUGGCUUGCCUCCAGUCAAUUAUAUUUGAUGAAGAGCGAUCUCCAGAAGAACAGGCCAAGACAUAUAAAGAUGAGGGCAAUGAUUACUUUAAAGGAAAAGAGUACAAAAAAGCUGUGGUCUCUUACACUGAAGGAUUAAAGAAGAAAUGCAACAACCCUGAUCUGAAUGCUGUCCUUUAUACCAACCGGGCAGCGGCACAGUACUAUCUGGGCAAUUUUCGUUCUGCUCUCAAUGAUGUGACAGCUGCCAAAAAGCUUAAACCCUGUCAUCUCAAAGCAGUAGUAAGAGGUGCCUUAUGCCAUCUGGAGCUAAAAAACUUUGCUGAGGCAGUGAGCUGGUGCGACGAAGGGCUGCAGAUAGAUGCCAAAGAGAAGAAGCUUUUGGAGCUGAGGGCGAAGGCAGACAAGCUGAAGCGAACCGAACAGAGGGAUAUAAGAAAAGCAAAGUUAAAAGAAAAGAAGGAGCAGAAUAAGAAUGAGGCUUUACUCCAGGCCAUCAAGGCUAGAAACAUCAGGCUGGUCUCUGAAGUUACGGGGAAGGAUGAUGAUUCCGACUCAGAAAGUCUGGGUGAAGUGCUCCUGGACGGGCUCAGCUCUGAGAACCCCUACGGAGCUAGGCUUAGUAUAGAUGACCAGGGCAAGCUGAGCUGGCCUGUGCUCUUUCUGUACCCAGAAUAUGCCCAGUCAGACUUCAUCUCUGCCUUCCAUGAGGACGCCAGGUUUAUUGACCAUCUAAUGAUGAUGUUUGCUGAAACACCUUCCUGGGAUUUAGAGCAGAAAUACUGCCCUGAUCAUUUAGAGGUCUACUUUGAGGAUGAGGACAGGGCAGAACUCUACUGUGUACCUCCCAAGACUACCCUGCUGCGUGUGCUGCAGAACCCCAGGUACUUUGUAAAAGCCUUGACACCAGUGUUUCUGGUGUGUGUAGGAACCUCUCCCUUUUGUAAGAAUUUUCUCCAGGGGAGAAAAGUGCACCAGGCAAAGUGACUGAGCCAAGGCUGUGGAAGCCAGCACCCCCACCUCCCUCCUCACCUACCCCUGCCUGGACUUCAGCACACGUGAAUCAGCUGGACAUGCACCCAGAACCCAACUCUUUAUUACUGUCAUGGGGGACACUUUUUAGCAUCGCAGUAGAGAAAGAGCUGUUGUCUUUGCCCUCUCUGGUCAGAGUGCUGCCCUUCAGCUGGUGUUCACUCUUCUCUGUCAAUACAAAAAUUCCAUGCCUUGGUCAGGAUGCCCUUGGACUCACUGCCUCCCUGCUGAGGGGGCCAUCUGUUGGCUGUUACCAUAGCAGCUGACAGAAAAACUCACUGGAACUAUGGACUCUAGACUCAAGACCUGGUGACAUGUUCUGAACCUUUGUGGAGUUCGAUGCCUUCAAGCAACUACCGUCUCAGAACACACACGCAUAAUCUGAGGUAUCAGAACUGAGAGACUGCACCUCAGGGCUGCCCUCUAUCGAUGCUGGAGAAGCCUUGGGGUGAGACUGGACUGGGAAAGCCUGGUCCUGUCUCUGUAGGACUGUAAAGAAAUAAAAGCAAUAAAGUAAACAAACAGACCACACAGACUAGAACCCUCUGAAAGCCUAGAGAGUUUUUCCGUUUUCCUGGUGUGUGCAGCGUAGAAAGCUGUGAUAGGCUCAGCUGGUGAUUUCCAAGCUCCUGUCCAGUUUCCACCUUCUAAGAGCUUGUGCUUCGUAAACUGGAAAAAUCUUUAUGUAUCUUGAGGCAUUGUCACAGGUGGGAUAGUUUUCUUUUUUCUUUUCUUUUGUUUGUUUUUUAACUGCGACCAGAGUUAUCACUGGGGCCCAGCUUGGGCACUAUGAAUCUACCAUUUCCGGUGGCCGGUGGCUAUUUUUCCCUUUUUUUUUUCUAUUUUAUUUAAUAGGAUAGAAAUUGAGAUGAGAGGGAAAGAGGAGGGAGUGAGGGAGAGACAGAGACACCUGUAGACCUGCUUCACCAUUUGUGAAGUGUCCCCCCUGCAGGUGGGGAGUGGGGGCUCGAACCCCGGUCCUUGGUCUUUACCCGCAGUGAUUUGCUCCCGGCUUCCUAGAGUGUUUCUUAUUCCCUUACCUGUCGCCACCUGAUGACGCGCAGCAGCCAACCCCCACCCCGCGGGGACACGCCUCUGCUCUCGAGGCUACGGGACACGUGUGGACCCAUCCAGAUGGAGGCCUGCGUGGCUGGCUCGUGCUCUUUUCUGUCUGCUGCGAGAACAUAUUUCCCGAACAGAGGCUGCUCCUCCAGCCUGGUGCCAAAAUGGUAAGACACGUGGAGCAGAGCUGAAGCAGCUGGCCUGCUGCCAUUGAUUGUAACAUGAAUGAGAAAUAAAUGUUUGUUGUAGUAAUAAGCACUGAGAUUUGGGGGUUGUUUGUUACUAUAGCAAAGCUAGCUAAUACAUCAUUAAACUGAAAACAGCUGCUGUCCUUAAGACGGACUAA